AAUAUUCUUUGUCGUAAGUGGUCGUAACUCGUAAUGUUUAUUAAUGAAAAACAGGCGUGAAAUUGUGAAACAUUAGAAAAUGUGCUAAUAAAACAUGUCUAAUUCUAAAAUAUCACCGUAUAUCCUUCAGGAGCUGCCGGAUAUCACUGAAACUAUAAACUGUCCCAUAAAAAACAUACAGCGCAUUAAGUAUACCUGUUUUGAUGUAUCAAGAUCAUUGAUAGCAUUUGGUGCAACAAGUGGCGGCAUCUAUGUGUUUAACAGAUGGCCGUGCGAGUUUGUGCAGCUUAUACCUAGCAAGGAUGGCCCAAUCACACGCCUUGCAAUAUCAGCAGAUGAAAAGCACAUAGGUUUUGCCAAUGGCAAGGGGUUUCUCACAGUGACAGAAUGUGACCAAUCUCAGAGCAAUGGCUACUCAUCAACGUCGUCUAAAGAACAUCAGGGUAAUGAAGUUACUGCUAUGGUGUGGAGCAGGAAUAUGCUCUUUGCAGGGGAUGAUGUUGGCAAAGUAUCUGUACUGCAAUUGCAAAGUUUUAUUGCAAAAAGAAUGUUCCAGAGUUCCUCUCAAACAAUCAUGAGUUUAGAUUCCCGAAUAUGCCAACUAGACUCCAGAGACUGCAUGGUACUUGUCUCAACUCUCACAAGAUGCUAUAUUUGUAACACUGUUCAGGAGCAAUAUAGACAAAUAGGUCAAAAGCUCAGAGAUGGUGAAUUUGGAGCUUGCUUUGCGAAUAUUCUAAAACCUCUCACAAACGGUGCAAUUGAGAAUAAGGAACAGGAUUUUACUGAAGUUAAAAAAUAUAACAUUGUUGACGAGGACACCAGAUUCAUUGUGGGUGAUGAAUUUUCUAAUACUGCUAUAUUCUGUGCCCGACCUUCGUCUCGAUUAUGGGAAGCUACGGUCGAUGGUACAGUUCAAAGAACUCAUCAAUUCAAACAGGUUUUAGCUAAGCAUCCCAUUAAAGUUGUCACAAUAGAAUCAUAUGACAAAGAAACCUAUCGUAUAGAAGCAUCUUUAGAUGGUAGCGGACAAUCCAUUAACUUUUCAAAAAUAUAUAGCUUCAAUGACACCAUAUUUGCAUACAAUAAAAAUGCAAUGUACUUCCUUAAUUUUCAAACUGUUGAUGACACUGUAUGGUGUGAAGCAUACAAAGAUAUUGUUGAGUGCAAAUUAUACAAUGAUAUGGUGUAUGUGUGGUUGUCUAAUGGAUCUUUUAUUAGUUUGAAGUUUAUGAAUUUAGAUAGGUUUCUAGUGAAAUGUUAUUUUGAUGAGAAAUUUUUGUUGUGCGCCGAAAUGUGUCAAAUUUUCAAAGAAUAUUUGCUCUCAAGUAUAAUUUCUCCAAAGUUAAACAUCUUAGUUGGAUUACGGGAUAAGUUAGAUAACAAUGGGAUGCUAAAAAGUGUGGAGGGGGUGCUAGAUAAAUUUGAUAGUCUGAAAGUUAGUGAAGCAACUCAAAUGAAGUCUGGAAUUUAUGUUGUAGACAAUACAUAUCAAACUCAAUCUAUAUUAGAUCAAAAUAUUCAAACAAAACAUGGUGAUGAAAACAUAUUUGGUCCUCUAUCACCAGAAGCAGUGCACGCUUUAAAAGGUUUAAGCAUAACAGUAUCAGAUAAACUUAAUACAAGUAAAAAGAUAUUAAAAGAAAAAUGGGAGGACUUAAAACACCUUAGUAUUGAAAAGCAAGAUGUGUCUCAGAUGAAAACAUUUCAAGAAAACGAAAAAGCUCCUAAAUGGAUUCCUCGAGACGAAUAUACUCUUGACGAUGCACCAGUUGUGUUAAACAAUGAUAUUAUUUUCAAAGAAACUAGUCAAGAUAUUGUAGAAGUUGACAAUCAAGUUUUAGAACAAGAUAAAAUAUGCAAAAUGCUAUACCAAUAUUCUAGGUUAAGUCUUGUGAAUAAUGAGUCAGAAUUGUCGAAUUUGAACUCUACAAUUGAUAGCUAUGCCUGUGAUAUUAGCAAGAUAUAUGAUCUAAUGUUAUUAUUAGAAAAGUAUUGUAUUUCUAUCGGCGCUGUUGAUGAAUCUACAUUUGUGCCGAAUAAUAUCUUCCUUACAUAUUUGAGCAAUUCAGAGAACAAGUAUAAUUUAAUUGAUUCGAUAAUAAAAGAUGAAGUGUUGUAUAAAUAUUUCGUUGAUUCGUGCAUAGCCGUGAAUAUAAAAACGCCAAAACAUUCGAAUAUUGGGUGCGACUGUGGUUUUCCGCUGCCAUAUGUGCGGACAAGUCAGAUGCCUGUGUUUUCAGAGUUGAUAGACGAAUUCAUUGAACAACAAUGGUCGAGUCAGACUAAAGAGCAGUGUUACGAAGUUUGUAAAAGAAUGCCUUAUUUGUGGAGGAAAAUUUUGUACUUAAGAAGGAACGAAGACUUGAUAAAUAUACUUAGGAUACUAUUACAGAUGCUCGAUGAGAGUCUUUUGCAUUCUUUCUUACCGCAGUUCACUUUAGAUACUUGGGAACGAGCAAUACAGUUGUAUGCUACUUUGUAUGCAAAUAUAUGCUUGAAUUGUAAUAAAAAGUUUGAACACAUAUCCGUGAGAGAUAUGUUGAGUUGGGACCAAAUAGGUUUGAUGAUCAUAAAGUCAGUUGGUGGUAGAAAUGCCGUUAAAUUGUUGAAAAAACACGCAAACCUAAUAGAAUUUGGAGCGCUAACAGUGAAAUUUUAUUAUACAUGUUUGUUAGUGUCACUUUACGAGAAAUAUGACUGCACGAUUACAAUUCCCUUGGCGGAUACGAUAUACAGUUCUUACAAUUUUGAAGAUUCUACGAAAGAGAUACACAAACUUUUACAAAGUAUAUCGAAUGGAGUAAUAAAGAACACAGCGUUGCCCCUCACUGUGGCUGCUACAUCCCCAUUUUGGGGGCUCAGGGAAGUGUAUGAUAGAUUAUCUAAAGAUCCCCAAGAAAAUCUCUCAAAUGACAUUUCUAUGGCGAUGACUAUAAUAAACUUAACUGACUGCGCGCUUUGUGGGUUGCCAUUACAAAAUAUUGUUUUAAUCAAAGAUGGCGGACUAUGGGUUUUUAGGUGUGGUCACACUUUUCAUGGCGCAUGUUUGAAUUUAAACCAAAUAAAAUUGUGUCCUUCUUGCUGUAUUGAAUAAUUUUAAUUAUAUGUGAACAUAUAAUGGUUUGUAUUAAAUAUAUUAUCUGUGUACUAUGUAUAUGUGUUACAUAAAUUAUAGCCUAUAGGUACUCAAAAUGUUAGGGAAUAUUUUUUGAUCAAUAGAUAACAUAGAGGAAUGUCAGUGUUAUUGCAUAAUCUAUAUUGUAAAUUAUAGCUUUAUCUAGGUAAUGUAAUUAUUUAACGAUGCUUGUUUAAAAACCAAAAUUUUUAUUUUUAAUUAGUUCUUGCCACUGUAUAUGAAUUUAUAAUUUGAUUUCCAAAAAAUCCAUAUUUUUUAAAGAGCUCAACACAGAUUACAGUAUUUUAUCAAGUAUUUCUGAAAUACUAUUUUUUUAUGUGUGCCGUUUAUUCGUAAUUGUGUUUUUAUAUUAUUAACUAUUCUAGAAAGCGUCAGGUUAAAAUUGCGACCAAUCAUAAACCUAAAAAAUAACUAUGUUUUAGGUGUUCUAUUGUAUAGUGACAUAUUAAUCUAUUAUCUGCCGGUGAGUGGUUACUAUACAACGUUUUUUUUAACAUCUGUAUAAAACUACAUAAAGAGACGAACCUCAUCUCAUAUUACAUAAAUUAAUAAACCGUUUCUUUUAUACUGACCUUUUCCUUUUGUUUACACACACAAAUGCGUGUACAACACACAAAUGGUUCUCGGACUGUAUCACUUCAAUUCUCUUUCUACAAACGCUUCGAAAACUAACAAAAUGUAUGGAAAUGACAUAUCCGAUGGAAAACACGAUCACGUGACUCUUGACUGAUAAUGAUUAAAUGAAAUUAAGUCAAUUUUCCACAUUUGUCCGCCUCAGUCAUGAUGCGCUAGUGCCUCAUCUCUAGUAUACGAGUAAAAUAUCAUUGGAAAGAGAAUAGACUUGCUACAUGUCUGCCUUGCACUAUAAAACUACUAUAGAACACCUAAAGGUACAUAAAUUAAUAUUUUUUACUGUGUAUUGAUACUACGUGUGUAGCCUAUCUUUAGCUAUAAUGCCUAGUUAUAUAAAGAUUUCACCUAGGAAUGAGAAAUAAUUUUUUUUUUUUUUUAUUCUUUACAAGUUAGCCCUUGACUACAAUCUCACCUGAUGGUAAGUGAUGAUGCAGUCUAAGAUGGAAGCGGGCUAACUUGUUAGGAGGAGGAUGAAAAUCCACACCCCUUUUGGUUUCUACCGUAUCGUACCGGAACGCUAAAUCGCUUGGCGGGACGUCUUUGCCGGUAGGGUGGUAACUAGCCACGGCCGAAGCCUCCCACCAGCCAAAAUAAAUCUGCGAAUGCUUGUAAUAAUUUGCUUUUAUAUGUGAUAUUAAUUAUGUAUUCUGAAAAUCUAAUGACACUUAUGGGUCAACUUUUAGAAUCUCAGAAUAUAAUGAGACUUUAGAGACAACUUUUAGAAUCCCAGAAUAUAAUGAGACUUUUGAGUCAAUUUUUAGAAUCCCAGAAUUAUUUAUGAAGCUACUUUUAGAAUCCCAAAAUAUAAUUACACUUUUGAAACGACUUUAGAAUUCUAGAAUAUAAUGGCACCUUUGAGGCAAUUUUUAGAAUCUGGGAAAAUAAUGCGACUUUUGAGUCAACGUUUAAACGCCUAGAAUAUUAUGAGACUUUUGAGACAACUGUUAGAAUCCCAGAAUAACAUUAUCGAGACAUCUUUAUAAUCCCAAAAAAUUAAACUCUUAUGUGAUUAUUAUUUCUUAUUCCAUGGCUGAUUUAACAUUAUUAUUUAAAGUCAAUAGUGCAUAGAGGUUUACAAAUUCUAGGCAAGGGCUAGAACCCAGAGUCGUAAAGCCUAUUAUUAAAAAAAAUAUAUGUUCAAUAUUCUUAUGCCUACAUACAAUUUGGAAGCUUAAUUUAUUCUAGUCGUAUGUAUAAUGAUGAAUAGGAUAAUUAUGUUAACUUGAGAUGUUUUGUUUAUGUAACAGGAAUCUGUAUUUUGUUAGUAGAUAAUUAACAUAAUUUUAAGGGUAAUUAAUGUAUAUUAUGAAGUUUAUUUUUAAUAACCGUGUUUUGAUAACUUAUCGGCCUAUCUCUGAACAUAUAGCCAAUUGAUUAAGUAUAUUAUGAAAUUGCAUGUAGGGUCACUUGUUAUACAGUGGCUAUACCAGAAACAGUGGCUCAGCAACAGUAUGUUGUUAGUUGUCAACAUUUAGUUGUUGAGUUAUAGAAGAAUUACAGUCGCAGAUAGUGAUGAAUAAAAAGCACAUUUUUUUUUUAAAUAACGUUAUUUUGGGCGAGGAUACAAAAUUUUUAUUUUUUAUUUUAGUAUUAAAUGUUUUAUUUGUUGUAUUUCGAUGCAUUGAACUUUUUUGAGUCCAAAUCAACCCAUUGUAGAUAAAUUGAGUUAUAGUUCAUUUUAAGAUAAUGAGUGUUUUUGUAUGAUGUGUUGUUUUUGAUAGAUAAAUGUAUGUUGUUUUUAUUGUAGUGUUUAAUGUCUAUUUAAUAGUGGCCUAAUACAACAAACAUACAAAUAAGAUCGUACAAAUAUGUAAUUCUGUGAAACAUAGAAUAGCACUAUUCGGCAUAUCUCAUAAAUUUAUUACUAUUUUGAACUUUUCGACACAUUUACCAUAGUUAUAAUAGUAUUGUCUAUGAAAGAACAGUACAUAAGCACAAAUGUGUCUAAAGUUGGUUUUUGUUUCGAUCCGAAUUUGAAUCCCGCGCAAGAGAAAGAUUCAAUCGCUGUAGCACGACCGUUAGAAUCCUGAGCCUUGUGAGGUAUUUAAAAGCAACAGAAAUAAAAAACAUUAGUGUUUACUCUCGUGUGUGUGUAAACACUAAAGUUUUGUGUGUGUGUGUGUGUGUGUGUGUGUGAGUGACAUUACAACUUUCCAUCUCGCUCGAAAAAUUGCAAUAGUCUGCUUUAUAAUGCAACAACUGUGCUAACGAGUUUAAUUGGGGAUGAUGACUAGGUUUGAAUAUAUUGAUUUUUAUGAUACAUUCGGGUAAAUAGGGUCAAUGUUAACUAAUUUAUACAUAAAAAGCAAAGAUUGACUGGAUAUUUGCAAAAUAAAUGAGAUUAUAAAAUUUCAAAAACUAUUUUAAAAUAUUUUAUCGUAAUUAGAUGAAAAUUCAUACAGUUUUAGCUUCCUUACAUUAAAUGUGACAUUUUUUAAUAUAUGAACUAUGAGCAUAAACGCACAAAUAACAAAGAUAUUAGUAAUUUUGUUUGAACGCGCAUUACAUUACAUCUAACGAUCAUUACAUUGCCUAUGACGUCAUUAUAUCGUGCCAUUUUGUAUGGGGCGUUUUUCAGGGAUCCGCGGCAGCGCCGCAAAUCUGACUCUUUAAAUCCCUGUAGCUCCGAAAGUAAUGAUCGCAGAUACCCUGUUCCUUUUACAAAAUUGCUUUGCUAUUAGUAUACUCUUAAUUUAUAUACAAUUUAAAAAACUGUCAUCAUCCCUAUUGCUAAAUAAUGCUAUUUUUAAUGUUUUGUAUGCCAGGAGUGCUGGCGUUUAGUUAAACAUUACCUCUAUAUGUAUACGAAUUCUGUAUUAUUUUGCAAUAGCAUGAAAUUGUAAUUUAACAAGUUUUUUUAUUUUUUUAGUGCCAUACUUUAUAAAAGUAUCUAUAAUAUGCGAUAUAUGCCUUUAAAUAUUUAUGCGGCACCUAUUUAAGUUAAAUUCUAGUUAUCCAAUGAUUAUUAUUUAAUAUUUUAGUUGAGAUCUUUAUUUUUAGUAUAAAUUGAUUUUGUAUAUUUUUUAUUAAUUUCGUUUAUUUUUAUUUUUAAUACAAUGUUUUUUUUUAAAGGAUUUUCCUUUAUAGCUGUUACAGUUUUUUGACAAGUGACACUUACUACAAUUUUAGAAUUUUAAACCAUGGUAAGUGUUAUUAUUAUUACACGGCUAAAACUCACGUGAUAUAAGGUCGGAGUAUGCCCGACUAGUUUCGAACCCAUACGGGGGCCUUAGUCAUGAGCUGGUUCUUGCAUCGCGGCACGAUCGAACCUGACCUGACCUGAUCGAGUUUUAACCGUGUUUCAUAAUCAAUUAAUUGUACAAUUUUAUUAUUUUUAGUUCUUUUUACUUACCGGUGACCAAAACUGGAAUUAACGCAAAGGGUAAAAAUCUAAUGACGUGGCGGACGCCAUUUUGAAAAACAUACUAAAAUCGACAACAACCACACCCUCACCGAGAUAAAUUUGAGGCACUAUACCUGAUGUAAUGUAUUAUUUUUAACCGACUUCAAAAAGGAGGAGGUUCUCAAUUCGGUCGGUAUUUUUUUUUUUUUGUACGAAUAUAUACUUUAGUUUCUGAAUUAGACCUAACUAAACGCUUAACAAUUAUUAAACCAUUUCAAAAUGUGUGUACUUUGUAAAAGAAAAUAUUUAUAUAGCCUGACGUAGAAAUGUAAAAAAACCACCAUUUUGCAUUGGGGGCGCCACUAGUACUUUUUAACUCACUUUUUCUUUUGACGUAUUUUUUUAAUGUGGGAGUUUAAGUUAGAGGUUAAUAAAAAACCGAUGUUUAUGCGAGAUCGUAACUGUCAGCUUUAAUUUUAGAAUUGAAUCCUUACAACAACUAUUAUUAGAUGAGCAGUGAUUAUGUGAAAUCCAAUUUUUUUAUAUUUCUCCGUUUCUCGGCUCCGCUGCCUCGCUCCGCUACGGUGGACUGGCAGCCUUAUCUGUAUCUGUAACUUAUUAUCUGUACUGUAUCGUAAACUUGAGUACUUAUUCUAUAUAUUCCACUUCAUUAUUUGUACAACAUGAGUAAAGCUUUCAUACUAUGAUGCCUUUGCCUUUGCCUAAUUGCUUUUGGUUUUCUAUUUAUUUUCCGCAUAAUGGCAAGAUUUUUUUGGCCACACUAUACUUAUAAGUAUUUAGAUUUAGAUACUAUACUCUAAUAGUAAAUAAAUACUUUUGUAGACAUAUAAAACAUAUAUCUUUAAGUGUUAAAUUAUGGAAUCGCCUAACGCUUAUUUUAUAGACAUAUUAUGUAAAUAUAUAUUUUUGUAUCUAUAUAACAAGUUGUAUCCAUAUCAACCUGUAACAAAAUAUAAUAUUCUGAUGUAACGUCACAUUUAACGUUAAAAAUCUGGCUAAUAUAUAAUUUGAAAAUAUUA